AUGUCUCACCCAACAUACGUCUUCGGCUCUCACCAGAUCGAAUCUUUCACGAAAGACGAUCUGCAGGCUCUUCUGGACAUCCUCAAGAGCAGAGACAUUCGAAACAUUGACACUGCCCGCAUCUAUGGCGACAGUGAGAAAUGUCUCGGAGAGGUGAAAGCUGCCCAGUCGUUCAUCAUUGACACCAAAUCUCCAGCAUUCGCUCCGAGAGCGCUUACUGGCUCCUCACUUAAGGAUGGUAUUCAGACAUCCCUCUCACUCCUUGGAACCGAAAAGGUCGAUAUUUAUUACCUCCAUGCUCCCGAUGACGAAACCCCCAUCGAAGAGACCGUGGAUGCCAUUCAGGAGCUACAUCGCCAGGGCAAGUUCGAGCGCUUCGGUCUUUCCAACUUCCUACCCGAUGAUGUACGAAAGAUCCAUGCGUACGCAAAAUCAAAAGGCGGAGUUGUUCCUUCCGUAUACCAGGGCAAUUACAAUGCCUUUGCUCGCACGAUUGAGCAAGAUCUUUUUCCUAUCCUGCGCGAACUAGGUAUUGCCUUUUAUGCCUACUCGCCACUCGCUGGUGGCUUCUUCGCCAAGAAUCCGGACGACUUGGAGAGCAAGAAGGCAGAGGGGAGGUUCGACCCAUCGACAUUUGGCGGCAAGAUGUAUAAUACCAUGUACAACAAGCCCACUGUGAUCGAAGCCUUGAGGCAAUGGAAUAAGAUUGCGGAGUCAGCAGGCGACUCGGGCGUAAACCUAGCCUACCGCUGGGCGGUCUUCAACUCCAAGCUCGAUGCGGGACUUGGUGACGCAAUCAUCAUUGGAGCAAGCCGGCCAGCGCAGCUGGAGAAGACGCUAUCAGCACUUGAUGCGGGCCCUUUGAAGUCUGAGACAGUGCAGCAAAUCGAGCAACUGUGGAAACUUAUGGAGAAGGAUGCACCGCUGGACAACUACCACUCCUUUGCAAAGGCCUCCAUGUAA